GCGAUGUGUGUAUGAGGCAGAGAGAGGGGGUGAGAGAGAGGGGAAGAUUUAGGAAUUCGUCUGCAGACUUGGAGCUGCGAUGUGAAAGAAUAAUGGCCUAGUAGUCCAGCUAGCUGUUUAUGGUUCAUCCUACAUUUGUGUAUUCUGUUUGGUUAUAAGCAGUGUUGAGACCUGCCCACAUUAGAUUCUUCAAAGCAAUAACAGCUACAAAAACAGCCAACUCCAGCUACCCUUCAGCUCCACAGCCCUCAGUAGGAGCAGGAUGGAGGCCUCAUUUGGCCCUACCUUCUCAGCUGUGGCUGCUGGAAGUAAAGCAGAAGGAGCCAGCAACUACAAGCAGCAUAGAAGGACUCCUUCCUCCUCCAGCACUCUAACAUACUCUCCCCGGGAUGAUGAUGAUGGAAUGCCUCCUAUUGGUACUCCACGGAGGUCAGAUUCAGCCAUCUCAGUCAGAUCACUCCAUUCAGAGUCCAACAUGUCUCUACGCUCUACUUUCUCUCUGCACGAGGAAGAGGAGGACACAGAGCCACAGGUUUUUGCUGAGCAGCCGUCUGUCAAACUUUGUUGCCAGUUGUGCUGUAAUGUCUUCAAGGACCCUGUCAUCACCACAUGCGGGCACACCUUCUGCAGACGAUGUGCCUUGACUUCAGACAAGUGCCCAGUGGAUGCAGCUAAGCUAACAGUUGUUGUGAACAACAUUGCCGUGGCCGAGCAGAUCGGAGAGCUGUACAUUCACUGUAAAUACGGCUGCAGGGCCACAGCAAGCAGCACAAAUGGGGCUGCAUCCUCCACCUCCACAGUGGCUGGUAAACCAGGAGCAUACGAGGUUGACCCCCUGGGCUGCCCAUUCACCAUCAAACUUUCCACACGCAAAGAACAUGAGGCCAGCUGUGACUAUAGGCCUGUCCGCUGCCCAAACAACCCUUCCUGCCCCCCACUGCUCACCAUGAACCUUGAGGCUCACCUUAAAGAAUGUGAACACAUCAAAUGUCCACACUCCAAAUAUGGCUGUACAUUCAUUGGUAACCAGGACACAUAUGAAACACACCUGGAGGUGUGCAAAUUUGAGGGUCUAAAGGAGUUUCUGCAGCAGACUGAUGACAGGUUCCACGAGAUGCAGCUAACUCUAGCCCAGAAGGAUCAAGACAUUGCUUUCCUGCGCUCCAUGUUGGGCAAACUUUCUGAGAAGUUAGAUCAGCUUGAGAAGAACCUGGAGCUGAAAUUUGAUGUGUUGGAUGAAAAUCAGAGCAAACUGAGUGAGGACCUCAUGGAAUUCCGUAGGGAUGCGUCCAUGCUUAAUGAUGAGCUGUCCCACAUCAAUGCCAGGCUCAACAUGGGAAUCCUGGGCUCAUAUGACCCCCAGCAGAUCUUCAAAUGCAAGGGGACAUUUGUGGGACACCAGGGUCCCGUUUGGUGUCUGUGUGUGUACUCCACUGGAGACCUGCUGUUCUCUGGAUCCUCCGAUAAGACUAUCAAGGUUUGGGACACGUGCACCACCUACAAGUGUCAGAAAACCCUUGAGGGUCAUGAUGGCAUUGUUCUUGCACUGUGUAUCCAGGGAAACAAGCUCUACAGUGGCUCUGCAGACUGCACCAUCAUUGUGUGGGACAUCCAGACCCUGCAGAAAGUCAACACUAUACGUGCCCAUGACAACCCUGUAUGCACACUGGUGUCCUCUCACAACAUGUUGUUCAGCGGCUCCCUCAAGGCCAUAAAGGUGUGGGACAUUGUGGGCACAGAGCUUAAGCUGAAGAAGGAGCUGACCGGUCUGAAUCACUGGGUCAGAGCACUGGUGGCCUCCCAGAACCACCUGUACAGCGGAUCAUAUCAGACUAUUAAGAUUUGGGACAUCCGCUCUUUGGAGUGUGUUCACGUCCUGCAGACCAGUGGAGGCAGUGUGUACUCCAUCGCUGUCACCAAUCAUCACAUCGUCUGUGGAACCUAUGAAAACCUCAUUCAUGUGUGGGACAUCGAGUCUAAAGAGCAGGUGCGGACCCUGACAGGCCACGUGGGAACAGUGUAUGCUCUCGCUGUCAUCUCCACUCCAGACCAGACCAAAGUGUUCAGCGCCUCCUAUGACCGCUCACUUCGGGUAUGGAGCAUGGACAACAUGAUCUGCACCCAGACCCUGCUCAGACACCAGGGAAGUGUCACAGCUCUGGCUGUUUCCAGAGGUCGCCUAUUCUCUGGAGCUGUCGACAGCACCGUAAAGGUGUGGACAUGCUAGGAAAGCAGCUAUCUCUGUAGGAGUCCAGUUAACUUCACAUCUAUUUUUUUUUUGUCAGAGGGACUUUUUAAACGGUAAUAUAACACAUGAUUUCAUCUUUCACUUCUGUUCUUUGAUUGUGAAUUAACAGCCUCAGACCAUUAAUAACUUUCAGCUCAAAAUCAGAACCAUUUCAUGGUCUGCAUUGCUUUAAAAUUUCAAACACUCCCAACACCUGGAUGCUGAUCGCUGUUCUUAGUGACCUCAUCACCAGUGCAUUAUGGGGCAAAAUAAGACAAGUUGCCUUACAGCUGCGCCGCUCUGUACCACAGUUGAAAUUAACUGGAUGAUACACUCCGUGAUCAGAGCUGGAAGCAAGAAGUUUGGAGAGUCUUCUGAGGACACUCCUGCCAUUCAAGAACUGUUCUGAUGAUGCAUACUGCAAACUGUUACAAGAAGUUAAAAGGCUGGUUUCACAAACAUGAAUUACCUUUCAUUCUCCUCUUUCUCUUUUCAUGUUUUUUUUUGUGAGCUUGCCACCAAAAAAUUCAGCUGGAUAGCGUAUUUGAUAUUUGUUUACUCACAGAUACACGGGUUGAAGCCACAGAUGAUCUCUGUUUUAACAACUCAUUUCUUUCUAUAUAGUCAUUUAAAGUAUGAGUUUAAAUUAACUUUCAUUUAUUUUUAUAGACUAAGACUGAGCCUUCAUGCUCUCAUACCCAAUCUGUCUGUUUUGCUACAGAGAGCAGAUGUGCUUGCUUUUUUGGUUUACUUAACUAAGACUUGCAUAAAAGUUGUCAGAACAACAAACUAACAUUGUUAAGUCUGUAGAUGGUGAGUGCAGCAGGAACUAAAACGCUUAACUAUUGGUUCAUGCACCCAAGACCCUGAACAGCCUGAAGGUCAUGAACUUUUUAGAGGACGCUUUUUAAAUAGAAAAUGACAGAAUAUUACUUGUGCAUUUAAGAAUGCGAAUUAAUGAUAAGGAGUUGCAGAACAGACUAGUACAUUAUGAUCUCAAAAGGGUUACUUCUAUAGGAUGUGUCCGCCAGAGAGUCCUGAAAGGUGGUCUUGAAUCUGUAAAACAUCCCAUUCACAAUUAAGUAAAGACAGUUCUUAAUUAAUGCUGUUUUUGUAUUAAAGAUACAUUGAAAAAAAUACUUUGCUCAAAAUCUAAAGAUGCAGUUAUAGAUAUUGACCCAAGCAAUUUAACGUAAAAAUCUAAUAUUAGCUUUAAUCAGCUCUAAUUUCAUUUAAACAUGUAUGUUAUACGGGUUAAGUAAACUGCUUUUAACAAGCUUUUUGCAAGUAAAAUGUUUUGUCUUUCACCUACUUCUACUCGCUUGUCUUUAUUUUUCCCUUGACUGAGCCAAAGCCUUUAAUAUUAAAUGUAGUCAGAAUCAUUCCAUCAGUUAAAUCACUGCAGCUGCCCAGAGUCAGUUAUAACUUUAUGAAUACAGCUCUUUAGGAACAGUAGUUACGAACAGCGGCUUGGUUUGCAACAUCACCAAACAACUGAUGUGAAGGCAUCUACAAUUGAAGGUCUGUGUAGUUAAUGAGCUGCAAAAUAUUUGAAUGUAAAUAUCAAAAUGUAAAGAAAAAAAAACUAUCCUAAAGAAGGGAUGUUUCGUUAGCGUGUGUCAGAAUUACAUCAGAACCUCCAUCACUUCAAACUUGUUUCAGUUAUUACAUUAUUUUAUCAUAUGCUUUAUCCCACCUUUAAGUAACUGAGUAGAGUAGCAUUCGAUUUAAACUAAUGAUGCUAGAGUGCAUAUAUUUUGCACUUUGCUCCGUGUUUUCUGGAAAGAAAAAGUGAACACAGUAACAUGUAUGGACUGAGAUAACAUUUCCUCCCUUCUUAAUAAUGGUUGUUACCAAGUGAAGUUUUGUGAAACCAGCCUUGUAAAAACACCUUUCAUUAAGAGAAGUACUUUACAGAGAAUGACAUUUCUAUAGAUUUACUAAAUUUUAUAUUAGUGCCAUGAUAGAGCUGUAUUCAGAGCCACCCUAACGGUUGUACAGUUGUGUAAAAUAACAAAUAGUGCCGAGCCUGGACAUGUGCCCAUGAGGAUGACUCACCCUGGCCAACGUAACAGGAGGGACAGAGAGAGGACCGUCUGUGUACAUGAACAUGUCUGUUAUUGUGUAGAGUGAGUUUCAAUGAGUGCCAUAUGUGUAUGUGAAAGCACAGACCGACUGUUGUGAUGUCUUUUCUCCCUUCAUUCUCUCUCUGCCCCACCAGCCCCCACUCUAACCCCAGCCGGUUAGACUGGACAUGACCACUGAUUGACUGAUUGUUUCAUUACUGUAAAACACUGUGGACAUGCAGUGAAGGUGAGCAGGUGAUUGUGUCUAAUUCACUUUUAAACUCCCAGAUGAUAUGCAGAGGAAGUGCCACAGAGUCCUGCUUGCCUAAAUUAUGUUUCAGGACCCAUAUUGGGUUUCAAAAUGCAGAACAACUCAUUUUACCUGGAAGGGUAGAUUUACAUUCAAGAGUACAUUUAUCCAUCUAAAUUUAAAAGCAUGGGUUCAGUAAACUUUUACAGAAGUAUUUUGCCUUCAUUUCAAUGCAGAUCUGACCCCAACUUGUAACCUUGGUGAUAAAGUUGUUUGGAAAGAGAAGUGUCAUCACUGGUCACAGUUUCAGUGAUUUCUUGUAUACUUGUAAUCAUGUAAGCCUGAGUUGAUCAUUGAUCAAUAAAACCGUU